UCAGCUCUGCGUGCAUAAAACCUGGCCCACCAAUCCUGCGGGGAUGGAGGGUUUGGGGACAAAAAUAGCCUCAGUGGUGUGGCUUGUGUUCGCAGAGUAAUGUCCUGGGUACGCUAUACUAUUAGGGGAGGCAGCCUGUAUCUUUAAUAACCUACGUUAGUACCUCGUUCUACAGAACACGUCGUAACAAAAUGGUUAUAAAAGUAUUUCUAGCUUCUUCAUCAGGAUCGACAGCGAUCAAAAAGAAGCAACAGGAUGUGCUUGGGUUCCUGGAGGCCCUGAAAGUGGACUACGCUCCAUUGGACAUUGCCUGCAAUGAAGACAACCGCAUGUGGAUGAGGGAAAAUGUCCCUGUGGAGAAAAAGCCCACCAACGGGAUCCCCCUGCCCCCUCAGAUCUUCAAUGAAGAGAGCUACUGUGGGGACUACGAGACAUUCUUUGACGCUAAAGAAGACAAUGCAGUGUUUGCCUUCCUGGGUCUGCCACCUCCUCCAGGAUCCAAGAAAAGAGAGGUUCCGAUGGAGGAGUUCAAUGGAGAUGAACACACAGAGGAGGUGGAAGCAGAGGUGGGAGGAGAAACAGGAGAGGAGGCAGCAGAAGAGGCCACAGAAGAAGACGCCGCCGCAGAAGAGAAGGUGGCAAAGGAGGAGGAGGAGGUGGUCGAAGACACAGAGGAAGCCACAGAGGACACUCAGGCCCCCGUGAAGCAGGAAGAAGCCCAGGAAGAAGUAGAGGAUGAGGAGGCUAAGGGAGAAGACGAUCAGCCAGUUUCUGAGGGAGAAGAGGAUUUGGGAUCGGAGGAGGAAGAAGAGCUGCGACAGCUUGAGGAAGAAGAAGAGGCCCCAGAGGUAACAGAGGAAGAAGAGGACGAGUAGUAACAGCCAGGAAAGGUUUAGGAUGUGAUUUACUACUGCCCAGCCUCGAGAGACCCCCUGUUCCGAUCCUUCCUGACCCCUCAGACCGUCCCACACCCAUCCCACUACCCACGAUGCCCCCACCUGCUCACUGUGAAUGCACAUGUUUCCCUGCUGGACCCUGCUGGCUGAAACCUGCCAAUCACACACUGUCUGUACGGCCCACCCAUACUCCAGAGAUAACCCCUGUUUUACCAGAUGUUUAUAUUGCGUAGGGGACUAGGACUAGAGAGGAUGUGUCGCUGUACUUCAUUUGUAUAACGUUGUUCAUUUAUGGUAGCUUCCAUCCACUGUGUAGCACAAUUACAUAGUUUUAUCAGUUUGUUUUUUUCAGACGCUUUUCUAAUUGUACAAACACAGUCAUUUGUUAAGUGUUUUAAAGAUUUCAAACAUACUUCUCAUGUUUCAAAUUGAAAAUGGUAGUUUUAUACCACAGUUUGUAUAGGAUGAUGAGCAUGUCACCACCAACAACUUAGCAGUCAAUGACGGACAGCUAUAACCCUGUGAGAAUCUGAGUGAAGAUCACUCUGAAUGGAUUUAUAAUCUCAGACUGAGAUCUAUCAAUGCAGUGCCUCUCACUCGAUGCCAGCAAAUAUGUUAGAUCUAUAUGUGUGAAUGCAACCCAGUGACUCUAUGUCUCAAUCCAACAUGAGAAAGACCCUUGUGUAGGGUUUACACUAGCUUUCAUAAGCUAGUGUACAAAGUCAGAUUCCAUAAAUUGCUUUUGGUCUUACUUUAAGGUUUGGGUUAACCAUAAGGUUAGCAGUGUGGUUGGGUUGGGUAAAAUAUUAAUUGUAGAAAUGGGUGGGGUUUAACCAUAAUUACUUUGUGGCUGUGGAAACUAGUGACAACCCUCAUGUAGCGUGCUUUAUGACUGUGUUUGCAGCUACUGGACACCAUUCACUGAACGUUACUAUCUGCUGAUCUACUGUGCACUUUGUUGAAUGUAAAAUGAUGUAGAUGACUAAGAGAUCCCCCUAGAUGUAAGAGAAGUGAAAUGCCAAUAAAGUUGAAUGGUGUGAACAGCU